AUGUCAUUGCCGUGCCCCUCCUCAUCCUCGCCUCUGCUAGGCAGCAUCACCAGCGGUGUUCGCUCGCCGUCAAGGGGACCAGUGCAGCAGCAGCAGCUGCUGCACCAGCGACAUGCCUCGAUGCGACUGCGUCUCCACAAGGACGGCAGCAUUUGCGCAUGCCCAGAGAAGUCUGGUGGAGGUGUCAGCCAAGCAUGCGCUCCGCCGCUGCCGGCUACUUCGGCCUUUGCUCGAGGGAAGGAGGAACCGAGCGCAAAGCGUCAUCAUGCAGAGCCGUCAUCUUGCCCAGGACCAGGCGGCGACAGCAGUUCUGUCGACCGGAGUGCGGCGGCGACAGUCGUCACCAUUGCCGCUCCUCUGCUUUCUAUACCAAACCCCUCUUCGCGGGCUGCGCCUUCGCCUUUUCGUUUUCUGUGCACAUCUGUCGGUGGGUGCCCGGUGGUCGGGGCGAAGGAUGCACGCGUUCACCUGCCAGACUCGUCAGCACGUUGUGACGUGAGCGGCAGUGUCGCUCCGAGGGACCUUUCGACCACAUCUGCGCACUCAAAGGCGCAUUCCACGGCGGCCGUUGGGCGGGCCUCGCCCUCGUCGGGCGUCGUGUCACCACCGCUCUCUGCGACUUACCCCUCCCUCGUAUCUGCGUCUCACGGCGCACGCGUCGUUUGCUCUCAUCCGCAGUCCGCAUCGGCGUCCACCGUGCCUGGCGCUACCAUUGACACAUCAGCACCGUCGCCAGUGCCAUCGCCGCCGCACCGCAUCCAUCAACACGAGCUUCGCCCCGCGGAUUUCCGUCGAGAGGAGGUCCUCGGUGAAGGGAGCUAUUCGAUCGUCACCCUUGCCACGCACCGUGCGUCGGGCUUGUCUUUCGCGCUGAAGGAGAUCGACCGCAGCCGCCUGCGAUGGCGACCGCUGGAGGCGCAGCUGCGCUGGGAGAUCAAUUUGCAGCGGACGCUGCGCCACCCGCACAUCGUGCGACUCUACAGCUACUUCAUUACGCCAGACUGCAUCAGUCUUGUGUUGGAGUACUGCAGCGGCGGGACGCUGCUGAGUCGGUUGAGAGCUGCACCACAGUACCGCUUGUCGGAGCGGCAGGCAUCGCGCUACACUCGCCACGUGGCGAAGGCGCUGGUACAUCUGCACGGGCUCGGAGUGGCGCACCGAGACCUGAAGCUGGAAAAUGUGCUCAUCGAUGCAGACGGCAUCGCCAAGCUGGCAGACUUUGGCUGGUCGCGCUCUGUCGUGCAUCCGUUGCCAUCCAGUAAGUCAGCGGCUGCUGCUCAGACUGCAGGCGACAGGAACGACGCACCAUGUAGCAGCGCGGAGCACAACACGAGCAACGAGGACCCGACGGAAGGGGUGGCAGAGGGUCGCCGCACCGUGUGUGGCACGCUGGACUACCUCUCACCUGAGAUGGUCUCCGGCCAAGCACACUCGGCCAAGACAGACGUCUGGUCGCUUGGUGUCAUGCUGGCCGAGAUGCUGACCGGCACGCCGCCCUUCUACACCGAGUCGACUCAGGAGACGCUUUACGCCAUCCAGCGGCUGCCGCCCAACCUCACCGGCUUACACCCUAAAGGCCACGGACCAGGGCUCACUGGUAGCGGUGCCUCCACCUCGGCCAGCGUGUGUCUGAUCCUCGACGAACCUGUGGCCCUAUCUGCAGGCGCGCUUUCUCUCAUUCACGCUAUGCUCCAGAAGGACCCGUCGGCGCGACCGACUAUGCCGGAGGUGCUGGGCCACCCCUGGCUGCAAAAAAAAAAACUCGCUAGGAAGUCAUGA